AUGUCUCCUCCUGCACUCGCACCCGCUUUGGGUUCAUCGGGCAAAGAAUUCAAGCGCGAAUCUGGCACCGCACGACUCUUGGGCGCAGGUUCGGCGGGCAUCGCAGAGCUCCUUGUUUUCCAUCCCGUCGACACAAUCGCAAAGCGUUUGAUGAGCAAUUCCACUAAAGUCGCCAACGCUGAAGUUCUCAAGACAGUCAUCUUCAAAGAAUAUGCUUCUGCGCCCGUCACCACAAAGUUCACAUCCCUUUUCCCGGGUCUAGGGUAUGCGGCCGGUUAUAAAGUCUUGCAAAGAAUCUACAAAUAUGGAGGCCAACCCUUUGUCCGUGACUACCUCACUCAACAUCACGGCCAGGACUUCGACAAGGCAUUUGGCAAGGGUACCGGCAAAGCCAUCUUGAACGCAACAGCCGGCUCCCUCAUCGGUAUUGGUGAGAUCAUCCUGCUACCUCUCGAUGUCCUCAAAAUCAAACGGCAGACAAACCCUGAAGCCUUCCGAUCCCGAGGUUUCCUCCGUAUCGUCGCCGAUGAAGGCUUCGGCCUCUACCGUGGAGCCGGCUGGACAGCUGCCAGGAACGCACCCGGUUCUUUUGCCCUCUUCGGUGGCUCUGCGUGGGCCAAGGAAAAGUUAUUCAAACUCGAAGACUAUAACAAGGCGACCUGGGGUCAGAACUUUGUCGCUUCCGUUGCUGGUGCAUCUGCCAGUUUGAUUGUCUCCGCACCCCUUGACGUUAUCAAAACUCGAAUCCAGAACCGCAACUUUGAGAAUCCCGAGUCCGGUUUCCGAAUCGUGUCAAGCAUGAUGAAGAAUGAAGGCAUCACCAGUUUCUUUAAGGGCUUGACGCCCAAGAUGCUCAUGACUGGCCCCAAACUCGUCUUCAGCUUCUGGUUGGCCCAGACCUUGAUUCCCUUAUUUGGAACUAUGGUGUAA